UGAAUCUGAGACCUGCUCUCUAAUCUUAGUCACAUAUUCAUGCCAAGCCUGAACCACAAUUCCCUAUUUGCGGCCGUCCUUGAAAGGCAGCCACAGCUUGCCCACCUCCUAGCAUCAAAAAUGAAGAUCGGCAAGGCCCCGGAGAUCCUGAAGAAGGCGGUGACGUUUUGCAAGAGCAAGAGCGGCGUUCUCGUGGCCAGGUUCCUCGUCCUCGCCUCGUUCCGCCGCAGGAUGGCCACCGUCGGUUCCAUCUCCCACAGGGUCCACGCGCUGGUGGCUGCCGCCGACAGGGAGAAGCGCGGCAGGGUGGACUGCCACAAGGCUCUCAUGCUGCGCAAUGCCGACAAGCAGGCAGUCCAUGGGGCUGAGAUUGUUGUUAAUCUCUCUCGUCAAUUGGCACUGUUCGAUCAAGAGAACGAACAUGAUGGCGGCUGCCCUGACUGGACACUGCACCCCAUCUUCAAUGAAAAUAGUUAUUGCUGUUACAUCGAUGAGUGCGAUGGCGAUGAGGAUGAUGAUGGUGCCCAUGAAGACGUUGUUGUUGAACCGUCCGUCAUGGAUGUUAUCAGGAACAACCGCGAGGUUGAAGGCUUGGAGUUCAACUUUGACAACGAGAUUGAUCAAGCCGCGGAUAUGUUCAUCACGAGGUUUCGGAACCAGAUGAACCGUAGCUUCUAGUUUAUAUCUAGCUGAUUGCAUGACCAAGACUGAAGUGAACAACAUCCAGCGGAUAAAUGACAUUAGAUGGUGGGUGUGACACU